AUGCUAAACAGCAACAUUCUGGAACUUAUUUAUAGCAAUGAGGAUCCGGCUACAUAUUUGCACUACAAUGGAUCCAGAACAACUCCUGAUUUACUCUUGGCUUCAAGCGACAUCAGUGAGCAUACACACCGCAAAAUAAUUGACGAUCCUGGUUCUGGUCACAAACCAGUCAUUGCUAGUAUUACCAUCGGCAGCAAAAGCAUAUCAAGGAAAGUGCCAACUAAGCUAUCAUGGAACUUCAAGAAGGCUGACUGGCCUAGAUUCACAAACCUUUUAGAGGAUGAACUUCAUUCAAGUCCCCUCAACUUCAACCAACAUCCUGACAAACUUUGCACUGCUAUCACGAAAAUUAUGAUCAGAUGUGCAAAGAAAACUAUUCCCCGAGGCAAAACUAAACACUAUCGAGUGUUUUGGUCUAAACACCUUGAGGAACUGAAAAGAAAGAGGGACGCCCUUCGCAACACUGCUGAUCUGACUGGAAGAACGGAAGACGUAAAAGCCUGGAGACGACAAUCAGCUGUCCUAAGGCAAGCCAUCUGA